UUCUCUUGUCGCUCAGAAUCCCAAUCCCCUCCUCUCAGCAAAGCCCUCUCUCUCUCUCAAGUUGGAACUAUCUCUCAGUAAUUCUGCAAAAAAUGGUGGUUUCGAUGGCAAUAUCCUCACCUUUUCAUCUCUCCGCCCGUUUAGCUGACUCCGAUUCCAUUUCAUUAUCUACUCGCAGAUUCUCAGCAAAAUCAGCUAUCUCUGCUUCACCCGACUCUCGCGGAUUAUCUAGUAGACUCAGAGGUUUAUCUUUAAAGCCUAAUGAGCAUGUUUGUCGUCAUAAUGAGUCAAGCAGUGGUGGAAUCAUAGAGGCAAGAAAGGGGAACCCGCCUAUGAUGCCAGCUGUGAUGACUCCAGUAGGACCUGUAGAUCUUUCAUCUGUACUAUUCCGCAACCGUAUAAUCUUCAUUGGACAGCCAGUUAACUCUCAAGUGGCACAACGAGUUAUAUCACAGCUUGUGACACUAGCAACUAUUGAUGAGGAUGCAGAUAUUCUGGUAUACAUAAAUUGCCCUGGUGGGAGCACCUACUCCAUCUUGGCAAUCUAUGACUGCAUGUCUUGGAUAAAGCCAAAGGUGGGUACGGUAUGUUUUGGAUUAGCUGCUAGCCAAGGGGCACUUCUGCUGGCUGGAGGAGAAAAGGGAAUGCGCUAUGCAAUGCCAAAUGCACGCAUCAUGAUACAUCAACCGCAGAGUGGCUGUGGGGGUCAUGUGGAGGAUGUGAGGCGCCAAGUCAAUGAAGCUGUUCAAUCCCGCCAUAAAAUUGACCUAAUGUAUUCUGCCUUUACUGGUCAACCUCUGGAGAAAGUACAACAAUACACCGAAAGAGAUCGCUUCUUCUCCACUGCCGAGGCUUUGGAGUUCGGACUCAUCGACGGGGUGCUGGAGACAUUGUACUAGAAUCUAAAUGUUUCUAUGGGAGUUGGCUACAGAGGCCAGAUGGAUGCCUCCAAGCUUCAUGACAAAACCCUACGCCCAUCACUGCAGUCACUGUUAUGGUGAUUUUAUUCUUUAAUCUCCUGCAAUUUGUAAGCUCAGAAAUUAGGAGCAAUCAAUAGGCUAGAACAACUCCAUGGAAUUUCAAUAAUCUCAAGCUCAAUCUGUAAUUUUGAGGUUUCACUGAUAUGAAAAAUGGGUAUGUUGUAGUCACGAUUUAGUUGCCGAUACCCUCUGUCUAGGUUGUUUAAUUGUAUUUUUGUUCUCCAAAUCAUAUUGAAGAAAUUGCAGAAGGCGUCUUUA